CUUCGGACGAGAAAAUGGUUCAGUUCUGGUCUCGCAGUUGCCGUUAACGGUGCAAAUAUUUAUUGCAUGGUGUCGGCGUUUUUGCGUUUUUUUUCCUCCGUUAAUUAAUUACGUACUUUGGAGUUGAAUAUUUUUUUUACCUCGGUUUUUCUCCUAUAUAUGCUAACUCGUGUGUUGGGUUUAUCGCGUUGAUUUUUUUUUCUCAUUAUUUUGUUUCCAUUUGUUUGUUUUGCGAUAAAUGUGUCCGAAAUAUUGUGCGUUUUUUAUAUCGUCAUUUAUGCGGUCCAGUUGACGUGUUUUGAAGCAUUAAUGCGAAAAUAUUAUGCUGGAUACCGGACCGACCUGAUACGUGGUUUUUAUCAGAUCUGAGGCAUAGAAAAUGAAUAAAAUCUACCUAGACGUAUACGACAGAUUAAAGAAAACAAACGGUUGAACAUAAUCGGGAAGCGGUACUAAAGAAUGCCGUCAUGGUUCACGGUGGUCUACGCCAUGUUUCCUCUUCUGUGGAUGUUGUUCAAUAAUUUUGGAUUCACCGCUGCCGUCAGUCAUUCCAGAAAUUCAGCUUCCUCUGGUAACCAUCAUAAAAUAAAUCCAAAACCGUGCUCAGUGAAUGGUCUUGAAGGAACUUGCAUGUUCGUGUGGGAGUGCAUAAACACGGAAGGCCAUCAUAUUGGAAUGUGUGUCGACACAUUCAUGUUCGGUAGCUGUUGCGCGCAUAAUUUAACCACUAGCCAAAUCUUGCAAAUACCAGAUUCUUCGGAGCCGGCGAUCCUGUACACGCAACCGGCAUCCGGUCAACGUCCGUCAGCCAGCAACAGGCCAUCACGACCGCGACCAAAGCCAUCGACGACGGCUCGUCCAGCUCUAUAUUUACCAAACCAUAACGAUAUCGAUCGCGUAUCGUCGUCUAAUGGACGCCCUGUACAUAAUCAAAUCAGGCCGAAUGUAAAUUACAACGAUGUAAAUAAUAUGUACAAUAGUAUCGAUAAGUCAGAUGUGAAUAAUUGGAGCUCUUCUCAAAAACCCUCUCAUGCGCCUUUCCCCACACCUAGUCAACAUUUUCAAAACUCCUUACCAGACCGUGUUAAUGUAUAUUCGAAGCCCAAUCAAUCAACUAGUCAACCGUCAACCAAAUUACCAACAUUGAGUUGGAUUACGACCAAUUCAACCGAAGCCACUUUACAAACAGCUGCUUCAAAUUUGAGACCGAAUUUCGUCUCGAGACCGACGAUCUUGUCGACGGUAUUGCCCGUACAGCAUCGUCAAAAUUCUAGUCAUUUUUCUUCUACUAAUACUCCUACUAGUACUGCAUCUUCCACUACUGUUGAUAACUGGAAUAAUCAAAACUGGGAAUCAAACGAAAUCGAUGAUGUUUCGAAUCAUAUUGAUUCGAACAACAACUACCAAUAUCGACCGCACUGGCACAGUUCUACCCAACAACCAUUUAUGACAUGGACCAAACCAUCCUCAAAACCGCCACCAUUUGUUACUAAACCAAAACCAUGGUAUUUAUUGACGAAUAAAUACCCUCAGACUGAAUCUACCACUACCCACAAAUACCAUCCGCAUAGGCCAUUUACAUCCAGCACAUCAUCAACCACCACAACGACGACUACGACGCCAGCGCCAACUACCACUCCUAUGAUUACCACUUCUACGAUGAAAACCACGUCGCAUUCGACCAUGACUUUGGUUUCAGCUUCAACUUCUGAUAAAAAAACACAAUGUGGCGUAUCACCUCUAACACCACCUAGACACGAUAUUCGAAUAGUAGGUGGACGAAAUGCCCAAUUCGGUGUAUGGGCAUGGCAAGUUUCUGUCAGAAGAACAUCAUUUUUCGGAUUCUCUAGCACUCAUCGAUGUGGUGGAGCUCUGUUGAAUGAAAAUUGGAUAGCAACAGCAGGCCAUUGCGUUGAUGACUUGCUAACAUCUCAAAUCAAAAUACGAGUCGGCGAGUACGACUUUUCAAGCAUCCAGGAACCGUAUCCGUUCGCCGAACGAGGAGUUGCUCGAAAAGUAGUGCACCCAAAAUACAACUUUUUCACUUACGAAUACGAUCUCGCAAUGGUCCGAUUAGACUCACCUUUGGAAUACGCGCCGCAUAUCGUACCAAUAUGUCUACCAGGAUCAGACGAUUUACUCAUCGGUGAAAAUGCCACCGUUACCGGAUGGGGAAGGCUUAGCGAAGGAGGCACAUUACCAUCAGUUUUACAAGAGGUUUCAGUUCCCAUAGUCAGCAACGACAAAUGUAAAAAUAUGUUCUUAAGAGCUGGAAGACACGAGUAUAUUCCUGAUAUAUUCAUGUGUGCUGGAUUCGAUAGUGGCGGUAGAGACUCGUGUCAGGGAGAUUCCGGCGGACCACUUCAAGUAAAAGGCAAAGAUGGCAGAUAUUUCCUAGCAGGUAUAAUCAGCUGGGGCAUCGGCUGCGCUGAAGCCAAUCUACCCGGAGUGUGUACCCGUAUAUCAAAAUUUGUUCCCUGGAUCCUCCAAACUGUCACUUAAUUUAUUAGUAACCUAUCAAAGGGAAUAUAUCGUUUGCCACAUUUUUAAAUUUAAUUUACUUACUAUUUUGUAUGGUAAUGUGAAAAAAAUGUGCCAAAGCGAACUCUUCCCUAUCUUAUUUAUAAUUUUGUACCUACCUACCAAAAUGGAGAUUCACCUAAUAUUAUGCCAAGCAUAAUAAUAGAUCAAAAGUUAAUUCCAAGUGCAAUUUUAUCUACUUAAUUUGUAUUUUAUUAUUAAUGUUAUAUUUUUUUUUCUUUUUAUAUGUUGCCAUCAUACUUACUAAUAUUUGUUUUGUGUUGUAAAUUUUGCAUAUUUUCAACCUUGUUAGUUGUUUUCAAAAGUUAUACCAAUAUUUUGGUAUUUUUUUAAAUGUUUGUACAAUUUUUUUUAUUAAUAAGUCAACCAUUCUCCUCGUAAUAAUUAUUGAAUUUACUCAUUGUUACGUAUGUGAAUAAUUUAUUAAGCAGUAUUAACUCGAGCAUUUACAACAUUUGUAGGGUGCUACCAGUUUAACUGAAAAUACUUGUAAUAUAAUUUUUAUAUGCAUAUUCUGUGUUAUAGUAUAAAAUACUACCUACUUCGUAUAAAUACCUGUAUAUUUUUGUCAAAUAAUGUAGCCAACAAUAUAAACAAAUGUUCUUUUUCGUUA